GUAUGGAGACUGAGUCCAAGUAAGAGCAAACCGUAGAUGGAUGAAGAGUGACUCUAUCAAAGGACACGAGAACAAAGAAGUUUCAGCCAGCUUCCCCAAGUGAUCGCCUUGACGCUGGGAGAACAAGAAGCUCUGUAGGUACUCAAGGAAUCGCUGUAGAUGAUGGAGUGGUAUGUUUUGGUGUUGAUGCUGAGCUUGCCAACCUUGAGUCAGGCAGAUUGUUCAGCGCAAUGUUUGAGAUGCGCGCAACAGAUCUCCGACCUGGACUCUGCAGUGAACCGCUUGACUUGUACUUUAGAAUGUGAAGGAGCCGUUCCAUCUACUAGUACAUUAGACCGAUGUGAGAAAGCUUUACAGGAGCUUUCAGAUGAAUUCGCGGACCUCAACCCCGACGCCGACGGAGAACGCAGCGCGUUAAACGCGGAGGAUCUCCAAGAGAAGGCAUCCAACCUGGUCAAACGAUACGGGGGCUUCAUCAAGAGGAUCGAUAAGAAUAAAAAUAAGUUUUACGCCUCACCCUGGAAGGAGAACGCCAUUCUAAAAGGAUUGUUCGCGAAGAAAUACGGAGACUCGCUCUCGAAACUGGGCGAGCGAGACGUCCCGUCGAUCACGGAAGACGACGAGGGCGAAGAUGUGACUGCGGAAAACGAAACGGGAGUUUACGAUAACGACGUUCCUUUAAACGAAGUCAAACGUUACGGCGGGUUUCUCCGCAAAUUCGGGCCAAAAAGAAGCAACUUUGUGGAUAACACCAGCCCGCAGGUGUUGCAGAAGAGAUACGGCGGGUUUAUGCGAAGAAUUCGCCCGAAGUUGAGGUGGGACAACCAAAAGCGAUAUGGCGGGUUUUUACGGCGCCAUUUUAAAAUCUCCGUGCGAUCUGACGAAGAGCCCUCAUCGUACGAGGACUAUGCUUUAUAGGCUAUUGUAUCAUAGAUAACUCAACCAGAACUCAUUAAGCCAACGCAUUUCAAUUUCCCCCACAAAUGUGAGACUGGAGCACAAAAGCAGUCAUAAGUUGCACGGGUAUAUUUGUAGCAAUAGCCAAAAAUGCACUGUAUGGGUCAAAAUUACAAAUUUUUCUUUUAUGCCAAAAAUCAUUAGGAUAUUAAGUGAAGAUCAUGUUCCAUUAAGAUAUUUAGUACAUUUCCUACUGUAAAUAUCAAAACUUAAUUUUUGAUUAGUAAGCCUAUGCAUUGCUAAGAACUUCAUUUGGACAACUUUAAAGGCGAUUUUCUCAGUAUUUUUUUGCACCCUCAGAUUCCAGAUUUUCAAAUAGUUGUAUCUCUGCCAGAUAUUGUGCUACCUUAACAAACCAUACAUCAAUGGAAAACCUAGUUAUUCAGCUUUCAGAUGAUGUAUAAAUCUCAAUUUCUAAAAAUUGACCCUUAUGACUGGUUUUGUGGUCCGGGGUCACAAAUGUCAUGAUCUUACACGUGUUGAGGCUGGUUUACUAUCCCGAAUGGCUGCUGACCUCUGGACGCCAUCAAUCACCACUGUCGACCUGUCAAUCAUGCGCCCAGGACGUUUCAGUGACCGACCACUUGUUGUUUCCCGUUAACUUUACCCCAUGUAAGCAAUCAGUACAUCCUGCAGAUAAUGCUUGUUUAAGAUGACCAAUAAAGGGCAAGAACUUUACCUGCUAAAAUUGUUCGGUAAAUGUUUUGUGUGAUUUUUUCCCCCCCCAACUUAUUACGAUUGUUAAUAAAUUAAAGAUGAAUUGUUACUAUACAUUUUAUUGCUAUUUUACUUAACGACUUACUAAACUUAAACCCUUUUUUACUCUAUUCCAAAAAGACAUGGACAUGUCCAUCUGAAAGUCAAAACCCACGUUGCACAAUAAUGUUAGGUAAAUAGCGCCACCUGCUGGUCAAAAAAGAGUUACAAGUUAAAUGUAACACUUGAAAAGUAUUUUUUCCUUAAGUAUUGUGCUGAAGAAAGACAGAAAGCACCUCAGACCUUAUGUCUCUUCUGUGAAACAGCUAAAACACCUUGUUUUACUAUGGUAAGCGUGUUAAGAAAAAUGCAAAACUUGCAGCAGAAAAAAAAUUACAUUUUUUCAAUGACCACCUUUUCUUAAAAUUUGACAUUUGAUCCCCUAAUCUUGGAUAUGAUGUUGUUUAGCAGGUCAAUUUGCUGUAUUUAUUUUAAAAGACAAGAUUGUCAUGGUCCAGCUUAAUGCAUUUUAAAUAAUCAACUACAGAUUUCACUGUAACAAGUAAUACUAAGAUGAAACAUCAAAAUAGAAAAAAAUAUAAGAGAAAAUGUUAUGUGAACAGUAUAAAUAACGGAGUGAGCGUUAUAUCCAAAAAACAUUCUAACUACAAACUAUGCACACACUGGUCAACCAUGAAAUUAAGGACAAGAUGUGCCUUACAUUUCAUAAAAACAUCCUUAAAGGGACAGUUCACCCAAAAAUGUUAAUUCUGUCAUCAUUUACCCACCCUCAAGUUUCUUUCUUCAGUUGAACACAAACGAAGAUAUUUAGAAAAAUGUUGGAACCAAACUGUUGACAGUAGCCAUAGACUUCCAUAGUGUGGGAAAAAAGUCAAUGGCUACCAACACCUCUUUGGUUACCAAAAUAUCUUCUUUCAUGUGCCACAUAAGAAAAACUCACACAGGUUGAGUAAAGGAUGAUUAAUUUUUGGGUGCACUACCGCUUUAAACAAUGCAGGCUAUAUUUUACCACAUUGUAACUAGAUUACAAUUAAAUCAAAUGCAAUGCAAUGCAAAAAAAAAA